AUUGUCAAAAAUAUAAUCACAAAAUGAUAGACGUACAAUAAUACCACGUAAUAAUUAUUAAAUUAUGCUACUCAACAAAUUAUUAGAAAGAAAUGAUUAGUAAAAGCCAUGACCAUAUUUCAUUAGAUAUCAGUGGAUCUGGUAACAAAUCCUUUGAUAAAAGGAGACCUCAAAAUAUUAAAAGGUUCUGGAACCGACUACCAAAGAGUUUUAAGAAUUUCAUUUUCACAAUAGGAAUAAUAAUAUGCUUAUUUGUGGUAUAUUUAGUUUUCAUAGAACCGAAAUCAACAGUUAUUUCAGUGGAUCAUAGCCCUAGUGAAAGCAGAUUGAAGAACAUUAGAAAUGAUCCAAGAGAUGUGGAACCAGGGUUCAAUGAAGUUGUUCAUGACAGUCAAGUACUUGAGGAGCCUAACAAGGCAAUACUUGAAAAUUCACACAACAUCAAUAAAAAUCAAGUUCUGCAACCACCCAAACUUAAAACUAACCCAUUAUUUACAGGGCCUUCAACAAGUAGGCAACAAGCAGUGGUUGAUGCCUACAAACAUGCUUGGAAAGGUUAUAAAAAAUUUGCAUGGGGCCAUGAUCACUUAAAACCAAUCUCCGAGUCAUACCAAGACUGGUUUAGUUUGGGACUGUCAAUUGUGGACUCCCUGGACACCAUGUACAUCAUGGGAUUAAAAGAAGAAUACGAAGAGGCAAGAAAUUGGGUGGAUAAGCACCUACACUUUGACAUCAAUAGAGAUGUGAAUCUCUUUGAGGUAACAAUAAGGGUACUAGGUGGUCUUUUGGGUAUCUAUCAUCUGUCCAAAGAUGAAAUGUAUGUUAAGAAAGCAGUUGAUUUGGCUGACAGGUUGUUGCCAUGUUUUGAUUCAGAGUCAGGAGUGCCUUUCUCAGACAUUAAUUUAUUCACAAGGAAGGCACAUGCUCCCAAAUGGUCACCAGAUAGUAGCACUUCAGAAGUGAGCACAAUCCAACUGGAGUUUAGAGAUCUAAGUAAAAUCACAGGAGACCCAAAAUAUGAGAAUACCGUGUCAAAAGUAUCCGAACACAUCCACAAACUCGAGAAAAAGGAUGGUUUAGUUCCUAUCUUCAUAAACGCCAACACGGGCCAGUUCCGAGCUUACUCUACGAUAACUCUUGGUGCCAGAGGCGACAGUUACUACGAAUAUCUACUAAAACAGUGGCUGCAAACGGGAAAGACUCUGAAUUACUUGAAGAACGAUUACGUGGAAGCAGUGGCAGGCAUACAAGAACACCUGGUGCAGAGGACGCAGCCGAACGGAUAUUUAUUUAUAGGCGAGCUGCUGGGUGGCGCCAAAGAUUUUAAACCAAAGAUGGACCAUUUGACGUGCUAUUUGUCCGGCACUUUGGCCCUGGGCGUCCACAAUGGUUUGCCCGAGAGCCACCUACGUUUGGCCGAGGACCUGUUGACCACGUGCUACCAGACGUACGCUCAACAACCCACGUUCCUCGCACCGGAAAUUACUUAUUUCAAUAUACAGGGUGACAAUUCUCACGAUAUGUACGUGAAAACUAACGACGCUCACAAUUUACUCCGUCCCGAGUUCAUAGAAAGCCUUUGGUACAUGUACCAGUUUACCGGCAACGUUACUUACCAGGAUUGGGGCUGGCAAAUAUUCCAGGGAUUUGAGAAGUAUACGAAGGUAACGAACGGCUACACGUCUAUUGGGAAUGUCAGGAACACCGGGAAUGUCCGGCCAAAGGACAUGAUGGAGUCGUUCUUUUUGAGUGAAACGCAGAAAUACCUUUAUUUGCUUUUUAGCGACAACCCUAAACUGAUUGAUUUGGACAAAUAUGUAAUAAACUCGGAGGCCCAUCCGAUGCCUAUAUACGAUUCCUGAGUGUCGGAGGGUUUUAGGGAUAUCUAGUCGGUUACUGAGAUUAAUAGGCACACAAAAUAUUAAGAAAAUAUUAGAUUAUAUUCAAAAAUGCUAAUCAGGAGAUAUUAUGAAACGAUUAUUGAACAUAUCAGUUUGAUUUAUAACGUAGAGAUUUAUAUAUGUUAUUGUUGGGUACACGUGGUAGUUGUCUUAUAAAUUCGCACAUUUUUAUUUUGAAAUGUUGAUUAUAUUUUAAAACAAUAAUAUUCGAACAUUUUAUAUGCAGUAUUAUACAGUAUUUAUAUACAAAUUUAUAAAUAUCUACAAUUUAGAUGAAUAAGUAUACACUUACCUUUAUAUAGAAGACGACUUGCAAUUUAUGUAAGUUUUAUAAGACAACAACUGUAAAUAUGAAUCCCAAAUAUGUUUAUUAUUUCUGUGUAGAAUAGUAACGUUUCAAAGGGGAAAAACUAUUAUACGAACAGUACACAAAAUAAUAUUGUUGCCUCCCAUAAUUCUAUGACAUAAAACAUGCCAGUAUAAUUAUAGUGUUACAAUUACUUUUGCUUCUGUUGAUUUAAUUAUAAGACUGCUAUAAUACAGUUUCAUUGUUAGAAUUUUAAUGUUCAGUACACUUAAAUGCAUUUUAUAUACAGUAGGUUUUCCUUUUUCUAUGGACAGUGUUACAAUUUUUAAUGUAUGUAAUAUAAAACCCAUAUUUUACGUAUACAUGGUCAAAAAUUUCAUAUUAUUGAAUUGUGUCUGAAUAGAAUGUUUUCCAGUGAAAUCAAAAAUGAAUUAAACCAUUGUACCAUAAAUUUUGUCUACUUAUUUGUGAUAUGUAUUGUGAGAAAAUAUUGCUCGUAAAUUUGUUGAGGUUGUAUAUUUUGUAUUGGUUAUAUAGGAAUUUUGGCGGAUUCAUUUAAACUGUACGAAAUUAAGUCAUUAAAUUUUAAUAUAAAUAACUUUUGUUUA